AAUUUGGGUUGUCAUGUAAAAGAAACUCCGCGCUAAAAGUUUUAUUCUAAAAAUCAGUUUGAUUUUUCAGACAUCGUUUUUGCGAAAAUGUCAUUUUUCAAGAAUAUUUUUGCAAAGAACACUGAGAAUUCAUCGCUUCAAAAAGUACAGGGAGAAGCUAGCGGUAUUCGUCCGACCAUUAGUAGUAUGAAUGAAAUUAUCGACAAUUUUCUGUAUCUCGGAAGUCUGCCCUUGGAUUCUGACGAUGAAAGAAGCAUCGAGAAAAAAGGUAUCACAGAUAUUAUCAAUGCGAGUAUGAGAGAACGACAAUACAAAAUUCCAGUCGAGUCCAUGAUGGUCGAAAUUGAAGACUCAAACGAUGCGAAUAUCAUGGUGCACUUCGAUAAAGUUGCUGACAAAAUAGAUCGUGUUAUGAAGCAUAAAGGCAAAGUACUGGUUCAUUGUAUAUCCGGAGUGAAUAGGUCAUCCACUUUGGUAAUCGCAUAUCUGAUGAAAUAUCAUAACAUGACCUUGAAAAAUGCAUACUCUCUCGUCAAACAAAAGAGGCCCAUGAUCGGCCCCAAACCUGGCUUUUGGAGUCAACUUGUAGAUUAUGAAAUGCAGCUCUUUGGCAGAAACACGGAGACAAAAGAUCAACUUGUGUGGUCGGUUCAAUAACAACCAACUUGUGUGGUCGGUUCAAUGGUGCUGUCGGAUUCGUUUUCAGUGCCUGUUCAGCAGGCGCUCUGUUUACAGAUUUCAAGAGGCGAGCGCCCACUGGCGGGAAAGCUGUUUGCAUGCGCAGUGCGUUUUUCACCAGUGUCCGUCCUACAUACAUAUCUAUAAAUGAUAAAAAUAACAUCGAAUAAACUCAAGAA